CACAACACUACAAAGAUAACAAGAGGAAGAAAAUGUCGUCCGAGUGUCCUGGGAAGAACUCAUGGCCAGAGCUUGUGGGAACAAAUGGUGACUAUGCGGCUUCGGUGAUAGAAAAAGAGAACAGGAGAGUGGAUGCAAUCGUGAUUUUGGAUGGAACUCCAGUGACUGCAGACUUCAGGUGCGACCGAGUCAGGGUUUGGGUUAAUACAAACCGUGUCGUCAUAAAACCCCCUACCGCCGGUUAGACUUGUACACGGACCACACUGUUACUUUGUCUAUAUAAUAUGAAUAAAAUAAAACUUUAUACAAUGCAUGGUUGAGGGUUGGUCAUGAUGUAAGUUAUAUAUAUCUUCGUACUCAUGAUGUAUGUUAUAUGUCUUUUAGCUUCUAUGGCUGGAUUCUCCACAUAUUCUGUCUGUAUGAUAUGAAUAAAAUAAAACUUUGUACA